AUGCAGCCUCCAGGCGUUAUUUCGCCUUGUCAGACAGAGCAAGAGCAGGUUCAACAUCUCUGCCACCCAGACAGCUGGUUCUGGGCACCUGCUACAUUUCCCGGUUGCGAGACGCCCGUGGACUACGCGGACUCUCACUCCACCGUCAUGGCCAGCGUUGCAGACCUCAAAAUCAUCCGCUUUGACCAGUCUUGGGCCAAGGAUGGACAUGUUCUGUUGAGGUACACGGCGCAGGGAAGUCAUUGUGGAGAGCCGUAUAAGGGUAUCUCCAAGACAGGGAGACAUGCGCAGUGGAGCGCUGCCGCGAUAUUUGAAGUCGAGGAUGGGAAAAUCAGAAGUUUCACCAAGGAUUGGGAUCAAAAAACUAUGCAGAUUCAGCUUGGAUGGGCACCAGUUCACGAGAGCGAUGACCCAAGAUGGAAUUCCAAAGCAUUAGAUAGUCCUGAGGAAGCUCGAAAGCAUAAUCAAUGA